UUGUAUUUCAACGAAACGUAGUCAAGUAAAUAGUUUUGUGUUAUGUCGUUGUAUUGAUUAUCCACACGUGACAAGGCUUAUCAAUAUUUAACGGUUCUCAGGAUUUGAUGUGGCUCAAAUAAUUAGAAUGGAUUUAGACAUUGUGCAACAUAAUUCUCGCGUGUUGAAGGAACUAGAACCGGGUGACGUGUUGGAAUUCAAAGAAGACCGCUACUUCCACUGGGCAGUCUACACAGGCGGUAAGAAGGUCAUCCACCUCGUGGCAGCGCAGGACGAUGGUGUCAGGGGCGGCACACACCACCUGUAUUCAGUUCGAGGGGGGGAACCCACAGCCGCCGUCAUCAAGGAAAGUAACUUCUGGGUCGUCGCUGCCCAUCACAGGGCAAAUAAGAACCAUUAUCUGGACAGGAAACUCAACACUUUUCGUUCAGAUCAAAUUGUUUCGAAAGCCAGGUCGAAACUUGGACGAGUUGGUGACAGCCCCGUGUUUCGUAACUGUGCACACUUUGCUGCCUGGUGUCGGUAUAACACUGACGGUGAACAGAAGCUGAUAACGGAGCUUGGUCGGGUGGAAAAAAAACAUCAAAGAAAGGGAGAAAAUGUCCACAUACAGCUACACACCGACAACCACCAGCCAGAUAUAAUGGAGGAAAAUACCGACCAUCAACAAGCUCAUCCUGACGAAAACGCCAACAAUCGUCAGCCGAGACGGGCGGCACGAGACGGUGAACGAAUGGACCACAACCAGGUGAACAACCUUGUUAUUGGUGCUAUCGUUGUAACAGUUUUUGCUGCUUUACUUCUUAUGAUUACAUGACUGUGUCUUUGGGCUUUUGACAUGCUGGAUGUAUUACAGCACUUUACUGCCACGUGGGAGAACAACGUGUGCACGAAGCUAGGCCCUGUGCGUCAUACAAGUGGGCCCAUUAGGCUAUUUCUCGUUCCAGCCAUUGCUCCACAACUGGUGUAACAAAGGCCGUGGUAUGUACUACCCUGUCUGUGAGAUGGUGCAUAUAAAAGGUCCCUUGCUGCUAAUCGUAAAG